GUGCUGGGCAAUGGGAUUAAGAAGGGAGGCUCAACUGAGGGCGGGUACCAAGCGGGUUGCCAGUUGUCGGGUCUACAGGCGAUGGGUGUUCGUCUGCUACUUGCCUCAACCACAAAGUCCGCAAGCGACGUUGGUUGGUGCGUCGACAGGACGCAUUUCAGGGAAGGCGCUUUUCGCCUGGUUGGCCGAGGCGACGGCAUUACAUUAUGGAACUGGGGCAGGACGGCAAUCACACACGAGGUGGAGGGAUUCUGGCCAGGAAACAAGCAGAUACCGCAGCUUACUCCACCCCGUGGCAGCCGGACCAUUCACUCAUUCUGUCUGAUAACAACAUCUAGUCUGGCCUACUCCAACCACAGGCCGGCAAUCACGUAUCCGCCCUCAGUCGCCAUUCGGCCAUCGACGAAUGCAACCCCAUUUGCUGGCUACUCGUCAAAUUUCGCUAUCUUUUGCUCUCUCGCUCUCACUCGCCAUGUCUCUCUCUCCUCCUCUUCGCCAUAG